CGUUUAUCAUUUUAUCAUAUUCCAAGUUCCAACUAUUAUUGACCACAAGAUUGACCAUAAUAUCGUCCGUAGUUUUGUUGUUAUUAAUUUUCACUUUAUCGAUUUUCGAAUUACCAUUUACCACUUUACCAGUYAGUAAGAAACUAAUAACUAAGAAUCAUAUCGUGCAGAACUCCAGACUCCAGACGCUACUGCAACACCACUAAUUGGUUACGAAUAAAUAUAAUAAACGAGUCGUCGAACGCAGACAUGGCCGCGUCUCUUAAACGCAUGGAAAAUGAAAUCACAGACGAUGAAAAUUCSUCCGAGGAUAACGAACACGAAUCCGAAUCAUCAGAAGAUCCUCACACCUUGUCUGCUGGUUCUACCUCAACUAUAAAAUCUGACGACGAAGAUAAGCCUGCCCCUGUAUCUAAAAAAAAAAUUACCAAGAAAUCUAAAAAAAAUGCUAAAAUGUCAGRAAGUACAAAUGCGUCUGUUGCUUCUACCUUGCCAACAACCUCUGAUGUUAAUGAGAACUCAACGUCUGGAAUCAAACUGAAAUCUAUCUUGAAAAAGUCCAACCAAAAUGAUGACACAUCAGUCAAGUCUAAAAGUGAAUAUAACGAGUGUCCUGUAUGUUUGGGACCUGUUGUGUUUCCUGUUCGUACUCCAUGCGGUCAUGUGUUUUGUUUCUUAUGUGUGAAAGGAGCAGCGCGGCAAGCUAACAAGUGUCCAAUGUGUCGCCAACAUAUACCUAUUGAUUUUGACAAAAAUCCUAUUGUUCUUGAACGCCAAGAAAUGGAAACGCUUGAAGAUGGUUAUCAAUGGUUUUAUGAAGGCAAGAAUGGCUGGUGGCAAUAUGAGAAGAGAACUUCUGAUGAAAUUGAACAACAUUACAAACUCAAUAUACUUAAAUUUGAUGUACUUAUUUGUGGAACAAUGUAUACAAUUGAUCUCAAUCGCGAUGUGCAAUAUAACAGGGAAAAUCCAUCCAGGAGAAGGAAAGUGAAACGAGAAAUUGCUAAUAACAUUGCUGUUAAAGGUGUUGCUGGUGUUCAUUAAUCUUACAUAUUUUUAUCCCAUUAUUAUAUUUGCAUAUUAUAUUUAUUGUUCAUUAUUCAUGCAUGACUCAAAUUAUGAUGAAUGAAAUUUUAAAUGUAUAUUUUAUGUACUUAGUAGUAAUGUUG